AGAAUUAGCUUCCAUAUGUGUUGGUGUUAUUUAAAUCAAUUUUACAAGGGCGUUAUCUUUGUAUCUGAAGUCCGUUAGUUUUUUCUCCUAAGUCAUGCCACGUUUGACAAUACUGAUGGGCUGAACAAACCCUCCUUCUUCUCCCGCUGCUCUCUCUCUCUCUCUGUUGCAGCUGUUCGACGCGCUCAGAGGGUAGACGGAAAACUUCCCGAAGUUGCCUUCUCCUUGUUGAAUUUCAGCAGUGGCCCCCAUCCCUCCCCUCCCACUACCACGGUCUGCAGUCGACCCCCGCAGCAGCAGCCUCGGCAUGAAGGACUUUAACGCCUGAAAGGGCGUGAUGGCAUCGGCCGUGUUUGAAGGGACGUCCCUGGUCAACAUGUUUGUCCGGGACUGCUGGGUUAACGGGAUCCGGAGGCUCAUCAUCAGCCAGCGCGGGGAGGAGGAGGAGUUCUUCGAGAUCAGGACCGAGUGGUCCGACAGGAACGUCCUCUACUUGCACCGGAGUUAUUCCGACCUGGGGCGACUUUUCAAGAGACUGCUGGAGUCCUUUCCUGAGGACAGAAAGGACCUGUCUAAAUCUCCGCUGAUAGAAGGUCUGGUAAAAAUCAAAGAUGCACAUGACAUCGAGGAGAAGUUGAAUGAGGUGGAAAGACUUCUAAAGAAUGCCAUCAACAUGCCGUGCAAGUUUUCCAGGUCAGAGGUGAUGUUGACCUUCUUUGAGCGUUCUCCGCUGGACCAGGUGUUAAGGAAUGACAAAAUCCACAGAAUCCAGCCGUGCUUUCAGAGUCCAAUCAACAUAUCAGAAAUCAUGCGGUCAAAUGGAUUCUGUCUGGCCAACACAGAAACUAUUGUGUUUGAUGAUAGUAUACCAGAAGAAAAAGAAAGACCUUCAUCCACAGACUCUGUAGAACACAUGUAUGAAGACGGAACAGAAUCUCUGCCUAUGGAAGCAGACAUUUGCGAUGAGGAGACGGAAGCAUAUGUCACCAACCUCUCCUACUACCAUCUGGUCCCAUUUGAAACGGACAUCCUGGAAUGAUUGCUAGUGGAUGGAUAUUUCUCCCGCAGCUGAACCGCACAGUGUAACGCUGCACAUAGCUGCUCCUGUUCAGUGCUGCUGGUUCUGCUUCUGAUGGCAGUAGCUUUCGGAGUUGGUGACCCACCCCUUCAUACCCUUCAUGGGACAUCACCAGUGUGCCUCAUUUGGAGUCUUAACUCCUGCAUCAUAAGUGUUAAGGAUGUGAUGGUUUCGUAGCUUGGACAUGGCGCUAGACUGAGACACUUUCUAAAUAUGCUGCUCAACCACUUUAAUGCGACUAAAAUACAGUAUAUAAGCACUUGUAGUUUGGAGUCUGACAGAGACCAUCAGGAUGGGGAACCACACAUUAGUUCAAGUUUCAGUGCAGCUGUAAUUAAUUGGACCAUUCAGUGUUAAGUAAUUGAACAGCAAUCCUUUUAACUGACUUGGCUGUUUUAUUUCUUCUGGGGUGCACUUUUAAACCACUGACCUGCUUCACUAAGAUAUUCGUGAUGCAUCCCUGAAGUUUAUUGUCUUCUUCAUUGAACUGCUCUUGAAAGUGCAACCCCCGUCCCCCACUGACUUAGAGAAAAGCAGUCAUGAUUGUGCUUUUUUCACCUGUUUUCAUUGUAAAAUCUGUGAUUGCACAAAAGCUUCUCUUGUCUAACCCAAACUAAAUUUGUGCUGAUCCACUAAACCUUGUGAAAGAAAAUAUCCACUUCUGAAACAAACCUUUGCCCUAAAGUAGGGAUGUCACGAUCACAAUUUUUGGCCCUUAUACUGACCCGAGUUAAGAUUAGGCAUUUGCUGGUACCAUGUUCCAGUCUGAUACUACAUUACAUUAAAAUCAGUGCCAUCAUUAUUACAGUCUACGUUAGUAUUGUGACUGUGUCCGACUUAACUCUCAUGCACCAAUGAUCUUCAGGAUUGUGCAGUUUUCAGUUUUCCAAAACUGCAACAAAUAUUGUAUCCCCGUUAGUUUCUGCAAGUCAGCCUUAGCCCCUAGUACAGUCCACCCAAUUACAGACCCAUUCAAUAGAUUAGAAUAUUAUUUAACAAAUUCAUUUAUUUCAGUAACUCAAUUUAUUAAAUUAAAACAUAUUAUAUAGAUUAAUGGUUUUCUGCUUACAGCUAAUGAAAACAUAAUGUUUAAGAUCAGAAUAUGACAUCAGACCAAUAAUAAAAAUAUUUUUAAUACAGAAGUAUGGGCUUAAUGAAAAGUAUUUUUAAUACCUGCGAAAAGGUUAUUAUUUUCAAAAGGUACAGAAGGUAAAAUUUUACUCUUGGCUUUUAAAUGUUUACAUGGUCUGGCACCUCCUUAUCUUCCUGAGCUCCUGCAUGCAGUGCUUAUCAUCCUGAUAGAGCUCUAAGAUCUGGAGAUCUAAUGCUUUUAGUGGUUCCAAGGACUUCCAAGGAAGUCUUUUCAGCCGCAUCUUCUAAACUCUGGAAUGCUCUUCCUCUUUGUGUGAGGUCUGCCAGAACUCUUAAUGAAUUUAAAUCUCCGUCAAAAACUCAUCCUUUUAAUACUGGCUUUUAACUCAAAAGAACAUGAUCAGUAGGCCUGCCGUUGCACUGUCUUUUGCCUUUUAUUGUUUAUUUUAUUGUGUUGUAUUUUGUUUACUGCUUUUAUUGUUAUGAUUUUAACUCGUAUUUUUUAUUCUGCUGUGUAGCACUUUGGUUACCUUAUGGUAUGUGAAGAUCUCUAUAAAUAAAGUUUUUUGAUUUAUGUGACAAACGAGCCUCAUCGGAAAGCAAAUUCUUAUUUACUGAAUAUGACUGUAGAGCUCUGUUUAAUAAACUCGUGGUGAUCUGCGCUCAGUUUAAGUUCAUCAGGUAAAAGACAACAUUGUUAAGUCCAAAGUCCUCCAAAACUUUUAACGUCAUUUGAACACAUUUGCACACGACACAGAUAGGCUAUAACACAGCCAUAUACAUGAAAAUAGGAUUAAAAAAUCUAAAUAUGUGCGGUGCGACGUCCAGGCUGACUUAGCAUCAAACAGUAUAACAACAGCAGGUAAUAGGAGUUGAGUUUAGUCAAAGAAUUUGAUACAGAACAUUUAAAGCAGUUUUAAUUGAUACUCUUAUCCUCUACUCGGGAUCUGAUCGAGACAUCCCUACUACAAAGCUUUAACACCACUCCUUUGAACAAUUUGGGGUUGUUAAAAGGGUCUUUUUUACAUUUCUUAUACAAAGAAAACACAAGUCUAAAGGAUCAUUUUCUUUCUAAAGUCAGAACAUGUUGCUGCCUUGAAUUUUUACUUUUGUCUUAGUGAUAAAAUCUAAGUAUGUUGUUGUGUUUGUCUGAUGUAACAAAUAAUCUAAUGAAUGUGAGCCCUAACCAUGAAAGCUAAACCACCUCUUUGCUGUUGUUGCUGUAAUGGAGCGAUAAUACAGGGCAAUGAAAGCUUUGUUUUCCGGCCCUGCUGAAGUCAUUUUUGUCCCGCCCUGUGACAUGCCAUGAGUGGGCUCAGUCAGCUUUAUUUGAGUGUGGGAGUCUACAGCUUGGUGUGGGAUGGCUAAACAAUACUUUUCUUUAUCUGAAGAAGACAAAUCACUGUGGUUGUCUGACUGUUGUAUGGAAAAAGGAAAAUUCCUUAUUGGUCCUGCCACUAUAAAGAAGACACUUACAGUUCUGAAAGCUUGGAGCUCAAAGGAGCAUUGUAUUUAGGUUGUUUUAGAUGUUUUCAUUGCUAUGUAAGCUAGUAGUUUGUGCCCAGGUUUCUGCUCCUGCAAAUACAGAGGCAUUCAAGCCUCACAGACUUGGCACAUGAGCCGGGAGCAUGAGUCUUGAUCUCUAUUCACCCCCGUGAGAAAGUAAAGCUUUUUUAAGGGUGCCACUCAACAACAGCUUCAUGCUCAAUAAGUCAUAAAGGUAUUUAUUCCCUUGGUUUCUUAGUUGUAGCAGCACAUUUACCGGCUUUUUUGUUUUGCAAAGGCUGUUUGAAACCAUUUCGAGACCAAAAAGGUUUAUUUUUAAAACUUUUUUAAUAGCAAGUCUUUGUAAUUUAGGAUGCUUUUGCAAGCUCCAUGCAUGAAGUUGUGACUGUAGUUGUACUAAACAAGUGCAAUGCAGCAAAGGAAAUGAGGAACAAAAUGCUGGUACUUCAGUUUCUGCAGACUUUUGACACAUAUCAAUAUGCCUAAUGUGCCAGUGUGGGGUUUAGGAGUGAUAAAAGCAAGAUGAUAUAAAAUAUAGCAAGAAUACCUAGAAUACUGCUUUAUAAUGUAAUGUUCAGCCACUUUCUGUGAAGCAAACAGUUCUCUGUUAUGUUAGUUUUUUUUUUGUUUUUAUUAUGUCUAAUGUGAGGAGAUAAAUUGCCGUGUAAAUAUGUUUAAAUGGAGGUAACCCCAAAUAUGAAGUUGUUUGAUAAUCUUGAAACUGUUCAGUAUUAGACACAGAUUAUCACUCGGAGAUUGUCUCAGACAAAUAAAUAUGUUUUCAAUAAAACAGGUGUUGAUUGUG